ACCAUCCCACACCCAACAGCGAGGAAACGCAUCCUCCUGCUCCUCCUCGCAAACACCCAGCACCCAAGGGGAGGAAGCACACCCUCCUCCUCCUCCUCGUGCUCCUCCAUGGCCGUCCCCAGCCCAGCCGAGCGGCUCCGCGCCGAGGCCUCGUGUCCCGUGUGCCUGGAGCUGUUCCAGGAGCCCGUGUCCAUCCCGUGCGGCCACAACUUCUGCCGGGGCUGCAUCGAGCGCUGCUGGGAGAGCUCCCGGGAGAGCUUCCCGUGCCCGCGGUGCCGGGAAACAACCCCGGAGCGGAGCCUCAGACCCAACCGGGAGCUGGGACACGUCGCUGACAUCGCCCGGGGGCUGCUGGCCCCGGUCCCGGGGACUCUGUGCGGGCGGCACCGGGAGCCGCUGCAGCUUUUCUGCCGGGAGGAGCGGGAGCUGCUGUGCCUCGUGUGCGCCCGGUCCCGCCUGCACCGGUUCCACCGCGUCCUGCCCGCCGAGGAAGCGGCUCAGGAGUUCAAGGACAUCGGACAGCUCCUGCACAGCUGUGAGAUGAUGAAGUUCCACCCCCCAGCCGAGAUUUCCUCCGAUCUGGAGCGGAGCCUCGAGGAUUUUGUGCAGAGGAAUAUCCGGGUGAGGAGCACCUUGAGGAGGUGCCAAGACAGCCUCAUGUUCCUGCUGCAGGAGCCGGCCGAUGUCACCCUGGACCCGUGCACGGCUCACCCCAACCUGCACCUGUCUGAGGACGGCAAAGAAGCGCGGGGGCAGCUCCUGCCCAGGGCCGUCCCCAACCGCCCCGAGCGCUUCGACUUCGAGCCCUGCGUGCUGGGGCGGGGCGGCUUCGCCUCGGGGCGGCAUUUUUGGGAGGUGGAGGUGGGGCAGGGCGGGGUCUGGGGGCUGGGCGUGGUGCGCGAGUUGGCGCGCAGGAAGGGCCCCCUGAGCCUCAGCCCCAAGGAAGGGGUUUGGGCGCUGGAGGCUUUUCAUUCCCUGACCUCGCCCCGCGCCAACCUCCGCCUGCACCCCCUGCCCCGCCGCCUCCGCGUCUCGCUGGACUACGAGGGGCGCCGGGUGGCUUUUUUCAGCGCCGGCGACGACAUUCCCAUCCUGGAAUACASCCCGGCCGCCUUCAACGGGGAGAGGGUGCUGCCCUGGUUCAAGCUCGGGMUGGGGGCGCGGCUGCGGGAGGUGACGCGGAGCCCGCGCUGCGAGGAGCGGGCGGUGGYCGCGGCCCCUCUGGACUGGGUGGGAUUCGGGAGAGGAGGAUUCCGAGGACGGACAUCUGCCCCGGAGUGCAGGAAACUGGAGGACCUGCUGCAAGACCUGAAAAAUGAGCUGGAGAAGAGGCAGGCGAAAAAAAUGCCAGAGAUUUCCCAGCUGGACACCCGGGCACAGCAGCAGGAAGAGAAGAAUCCGCAGCUGGAUGUGAAAAGCUCCAUCAGCAGGUGUGGGAAAGUGACUUUCCAGSUGCCCCUGGAUGCUGCUGCAGGGCCAGAAGAGCGAGUUUGUCACUUCUCGUGGAGGAGCAACGCCCUGAAGGAAACCCUGAGGAAGCUCCAAGCCAUCGUCACCCUGGACCCCGACACGGCUCACCCCGACCUCGUCCUGUCCGAGGACGGGAAGAGCGUCCGGCGCGGGGGCGAGCGCCGCCAGCUCCCGGCCAGCCCCGAGCGCUUUGACUACUGGCCCUUCGUCCUGGGCCACCAGGGCUUCGUGGCCGGGCGCCACUGCUGGGACGUGGAGGUGGGGGACGGCGGCGACUGGGCCGUGGGGGUGGCCCGGGARUCCGUGCGGAGGAAGGGGCGGCUCAGCCUCGGUCCCCAGGGCGGGAUUUGGGCUCUGGAGAARUGGGGUGGACAGGUCCGGGCGCUGACCGCCCGCAAGGUGACCCUGGUGGCCCUGCGGUGGCUGCCCCGCCGCGUCAGCGUCCACCUGGACUGCGGCGCCGGCUCCGUGGCCUUUUUUGACGGCGAGGACGGGGGGCUCCUGUUCGUCUUUUCCCGAGUGGCCUUCGCUGGGGAGAGGGUCCGGCCCUGGCUCUGGGUGGUGGGGGCGCGGUCCCAGCUCCGGCUCUGGCCCUGAGGGAAAAGUGUCCCCAACUUUCCACAGCCUCGGAGCAGCCCCUGGGGCAGGUUUGUGUUUCCUUCUCUGCCGGGAAAAGGAAGAAAGCUGAGAAAAACAAGGCAAAAAGAAAGUUUGGGGAAGGGACCGUGGGGCAGAGAAAUGGGAAACAGUGGGAAAACGGCAGAAAUCUGGCAUGGAAAGAUAAAUUAUCCCAAGGCUUGCCUAAUUGGGU